CGGUCUACCCAUAUAUACAUCAGUAGAAUAUAUUCACAAAAUUAGUACUGUCCCGAAGAUCAAGGAUUAUGCAACAACAUUGCUGCAAAAAUCCAUUCAAACAGCAACUUUGAACAACGAUAUUACACUGAAAAAUCAUCUGCAAGACAUAUUCGACAAAAUUUAAAAAUUCACCACCUACCAUUCAUUUUAAUAUUAUCAUCGAGAAACAAGAACAUUGUUAAGUCAGCCGAAUCUGUACAAAAAUUGUUAUAUCGGAUUCGCAUACGACAAGAUUGUUUCAUAUAUACCAAGAAACGCAACAAUGUUUUUGCUUAUUCAUUUUUUACUAUUAAUGUAUUUCUUUUCUUCCUCGGCUUCAUUCUCAUAUAUAAUAUGAAAGUCAGCCAAUGUAUUCGCUCAUUCAGUUUUCACUAUUCAUGUAAUUCUUUUCUUCUUUGAUUUCUUUCUCAUAUAUAAUAUGAAAGUGAGCCAAAGCAUUCGCUUAAUCAUUUUAAUGUAUUCUACUAUUUCUUUUUCUCUCUCUUCCACUUCAUACAUAAUAUGAAGUUGGGCUUCAGUACUUUAAUGUACGUUUACCACCAACAUUUACGACGUAAUUAACCACAAACAAUACCGCUUCCUCACUUACCAAUUCAUACCAACAACCAACAUCACAAACACACUACUACAGACAAAAGACCUUCGUCAUGUGUCUGCUUUCUUUUCUUUUUCUUCAUUUUCAGCUUUUCUGACAAUACAUGUCUCGUGCCGUUUCCGUUUUUUUUAUUUAGAUGUAUUGUCAACUUUUAACAUCAAUAAAAGCGUUGUUGCCAAAAAAAAAGAGUAGCAUCUACCAUCAUCAUACACAAUAUGAAGAUAUCUUGAAUAUCAAAUCAUCGAACUAUGAACACGUUAACAAAUCUUCUUUCGAUCUUAGACUUUAACUAAUAAAAAAAAAAGAAUCUAUUUACUUUUCUUUAGCAACAUGAUGAAGUAUGAAUAUACAAACGAAAAAAUGCUCUUAUAAUCUAACGAGAAAUUCAAAGUUAAUUCGAAAUGGUACAAAUCCUGUUUCAAAAAAAGAAAAAAAAUUUGUUUUGAAACUUGAUAGAGACUCUAGAAAAUCAAUUUUUAAGAGAAUAGUUUUUUGAAGUUUGAUCGUGCUGUAAGUUUCUUCAUAGAUACAGUUUGUAUCAUAGAAUCUGUUCUGAAAUUUUCGAAUUUUUGUUCUUGUAUUGUUAUAGUGGGAUAUUUGCUAAUUACGUUUUAAUUAACCAACUAAUGCAUUAAUUAAUAUUUAGCUGAAAGAGUCAACAUUUCUAAAUAUUUAUGCUAAAAGAACUUAUUGAAAAAAGUAAACCUUGUAAAAAUUCUAAGUUAUACGGAAGAUGAAUAUGUCUCAUUUUGCUUGAAAUGAUCUAUAUCUUGUAUUGAAGAGAGAUUACUAUUGACAUUUUACGAUUAAUUCACAUCUAUUGAAAAUCACCAAGAUUAAUUGUAAGAAAACGGUCUGUCAUCACUUCUUACUAGUAGUUCUAUGUACUGAUUAAUCGUCUACUUUUGUUCGACAUUACACCCUCUAUCUCUUUCUUUUCUUCUCUUCCUGUACAUAUAUACACGUGUGUGUGUGUGCUUUUCUUCUCACAUGAUCAGCGAUAGUCUAACAGUCAGAUAACUAUGUGCGUGAGUAUGUUGCGCCUUGAAUAAUAAACUGACACGUGUCCGUAUCAUGCUAAUAUAGAGUUAUUCUCAAAAACAAAAAUUGUGAUAAAUGUGUUGUUCUUCGUAUCUUUUUUUUUAAUUUGUGUUUUAGAUCGAUUAUGUCAGGUGAUAAAUUUCACAGUACAAUUGAACUAUUAUCCGUAGAACUUUGGCGAGAAAUUUUUGAAUAUUUCAAUUGAAUUAAUUUAUGGUAUUCAUUUCGUGGUUUGAAUAGAAGAAUUGAUGAAAUUAUUGAUCGAACAGUGUUAUAUUUAAAUUUUACAAAGCAAGGUACUUAUGAUUAUUUUAUGAAAAAUAUUUUUUCAUCAAUGAAGGCUAUUAAUGUUCGAUCAUUAAAGUUUACGAACUCCAAUGAAAUACAACAUUUUUUCUCGAAUUUUUCUCUUGAUUCAUUAAUUUAUCUUCGUUUAUUAUCUUUAAAGUUUAUGUAUUCUUCUAAUGAUAAUUUGUUUAUAUUCUGGAAUCAACUUUCAUCUUUGAAAUAUCUACAAUCAUUGGAAAUUAUUUUUUGUGGUAUUUCGGAAGUUGGUAAUCGUGUUCAGAAAAAGAAAUAUAUUAUUCAUUCGAUAUUUAAUAAAGAUUAUUGCCCAUCAUUGAAAUCUUUCAUUAUUAGUACUUGUGGUACACGACAAGGCACACCCACAAUUACAUCGCUAAUUACAACAACUAAAACUACAAAUAUUCAACAUAUAUCGAUCGAUCUAUUGACUUUUAAUGAUUUAAUUAAAUUACUUCCUGCUCUACAAAAUGUUAAAUCAUUUUAUACGGAUGAUCUUUUACUUGAUGAUAAUAUAUCUAAUGAACAACAUCAGUCAAUGAUAAUUGUCAUGCCAUUACUACCUAGAUGUAUUCAUUUACAUGUAAAAUUAUCCGAUGAUAUAACAUUUGAACGUGUCGAAUAUUUAUUAAAGCAAACACCUAAUUUUAAAAAAUUAUUCAUAUGGGGUUGGUAUCAUUUACUUCAUGCUAAGAAAUGGGAAUCUUUACUUUCUAUAUACUGUACAAAAUUGAUAAAUUUUCAAUUAAUAUGUACUGGACAUAUUUUUGAUGAUGAUUUUGAUCAAGCAAUAGAUGAUUUUCAACAAAUAUGUCAAGUAACAUCAUUUUGGUUCGAACGAAAUGUUACUAUUUCAGAUGAUGAAGAUUUUUCGGGUCAUGAUUAUCGUAAUGAUGUUAGUGUUCAAUUUAAUAUUAAAAACAAAUCAAAACAACCUAUUGGAUAG